AUGCAGAGAAUCAUUGAUCCAAAAUAUCAAUGGUCUGGUCCCAGAGGACAAAUAACUAAAGAAUCUCAAAGAUUUGUUUUAAAUAGUGAUGGAAGCUUGGAGAUUUAUAAAAUUAAAGGCAGUGAUGCUGGGAGUUACACUUGCAAAGCAAAUUAUAUGUACAAUAAUGAUCAACUGACUACAAAAAUCCAUUUUAUGCUCUAUGUAUAUCAUGUGCCAGAAAGGAGUAUAUACAUGACAUCAGAAUUCACAAGUGGAACCUGUGAAACCAGCACAGUGGCUUCAUAUAUAAAAUAUCUCUUAGAGAAGUUAGAGAGCUUAAUUUACAAGCUUAACUGUGAAAUCAAGCAAUGGAACACCCAGUGUCAUACUGCUACAGAUACACUGAAAAAAAUAACACAUGAAUUUACCUUUCAGUUCAUAGUGUUUCCUCUUGUAUUAGGUACAGGAGAUUUUUGUCAAAAUUCUCAUUGUGAACAUUCCAAAAGCAGCAUCAGAAAGGCAUAUGUCAAAAUCAAGCAAUUCUUUGAAAUGCUAAACACAGAUUCUUUUCCUGGUGAUCUUUUAAGUUAUGUUCCUGGUACUCUGUCUGGUGUUAAAAUAGAUCAUUGCAAACCAGGAUUUGGAAAAAACACAAGUACCAUGAACAACAAUACAAUUUGUCCAGGAUGCUGUGUGACAUGUCCACCAGGUAGAUUCAGUGCAAAAUAUGGAACAAACUGUAUUUUGUGUCCUGCUGGAUCCUAUAAUGGAAAAUAUGGCCAGGUGGCUUGUGAAAAUUGUCCAAAACACCAAAGCAGUGAUGGAAAAGGUGCAGUCACAGAAAAAAAAUGUCAUAAAAUUGUACCAAUGUGGAUGGCCUUUUUAAUAUCUUCCACAGCAACUAGUAUUUUUCUUGGGACAAUAUGGAUGAUCAUAAUCAAUUGCUGCAAAAAAACAAUAGCAGUUCAAUACAUAAAAGAAGCAGAAUCUCAGCUUAAGAGGAGAUUGCAAACAUUUGCAAACAUUGCAAGUGAUACAGAAAUUCAAGAACAAAGAAAUAAAUUAAGUCCAAUCAAACUACAAAGAAAUAAGAUUAGCUUUUUAGAAGAAGAAUCUAUAGGAUUACUAAGCAGUGGUGAAAUAACAGAAGGAUCCACAGAUGGUACAAGUUUAUCUCCUGAUCAAAUGGGACCAGGGGAAUUUGAAAUUAAUUUUGGAGAGAAGUCAAUGGCUUUGGAAAACAACAGUAAUUUCUUUACAAAUGUUCCGGAACACACCCAGCAGAGCUUAAUAAAUAUAAUGAAGCAUAAGCAAUCCUAG